UUACAAACAGUAGCAUACCUCGCAGGUCAUCAUCGACCAUCGCAGCUCUGUCUCUCAUCGCACAUCGCAGCUCUCUCUCCUUCAAUCGCAAGGCCAUCGCAGCUCUGUCUCUCUCUUCGCAAGGUCAUCGAAGCAGCUCUUCUCGCAGCUCUGCCUCUCUCUUCGCAAGGUCAUCAUCGAAACAGCUCGUCUCACUUGCUGGUUUUGGUUCUGGUUCAUUCGGAGACCUAGGUUGGGUAUCUCGCUGAUCUUCUCUCUAUUUUGACCUAGCUCUCGUAAACGGUGAACCUCCAUCACUGCUCUCUGGUUUAUAGGUUGCCGUGGUUAUGAGAAGAGUGCAUUGCUACUCUUGACAGUGCUAGUCAGAAAGAUAAGUCCAUUCAGGAGUUCUACAAUGAGAUGACUACUUAUUGGGAUCAGCUUGCUUUGAUGGAACCGUCCGAUUUGCAGUUACUUGACAGUUAUAUCAAGUAUCGGGAGAAACAACAUCUUGUUCAAUUUCUCAUGGCCCUUCGUGAUCAAUUUGAGCCACUUCGGGGAGCUAUUCUUCAUCGGUCUCCCUUGCCUUCUGUGGAUGGUGCUGUCCGUGAGCUUAUUGCGGAAGAAACUCGAUUUAAGGUGGCUCAUGGUACUCCUGCUUCCCAGUCAGUUUUUGCCACUCCUCCGCUUUUGCCCACCCCAUCUUCUCAUUUAUUUCAAGUUACUGGUAAGCCCAAGCCUCGAGUUUCCAUGGAUGAGUGCAGCUUCUGUCAUCAGAAAGGCCAUUGGAAACAUGCAUGCCCUAAACUUUUGCAGCCCAAGGGUCGUUCAUCUGGUUCACCAUUCACUAAGCCGACAUUUUCAGGAUCUCGCUCAUCUGCCGCCUUUUCUGCACCAGUUUCUGAGAAUGAUCCAUCUUCCAAUAUGCAGUCUAUGUUUGAGCAGUUCAAGUCUUUCAUGGUGGCCAAUCCAAAUCUUUCGUCCCAAGCCUCCGCUAUGACUACCACUCAAUUCGGUUUGUCUGGUUCAUCCUCUUCAGGACCGGGUAUCCAAGAGGCAGAUUGGGAUCGGGCGUAGAGUUGGAGAACUAUAUAUCUUGGACAGCUUACAUGUUCCUCUAGAAGUGUCUUCUACUGCAUUGUCUUCUUUUGUUUAAACAAUAAGUCAUCUUUGUUUU